AUGGUUGGAUUUGACUACACUUUUAAUUGUAUUUUUAUUUCAGUGCAGAUACAGAGAAUAUGAGCUUUUGCCAAGGCAGCAAUAGUGUUGCCUGCGAGAAUUGUACCGGACAGGAAGUCGCCUUCGGAAUGCGCGGUUUAUUUAUAAAACGUCAACAGCGGCUUUGUUUUGCUAGCGCUAACAAAGAUCAUCAACCGGGAAAGAUAGAUUCCUAAACCGUUAUUAGUUGAUUUGGACUUGGUCCUCACUUGAUUUUAACGGAGUAGAUCCACUUGAAUGCAUUCCUGGGCACCAACUGAGUCAUAGAAGAGCAGUAACAACAUGUAACUUAGCCAACGGUUAGCAAAGCACAAUGGAGACAAAGUGCCCUACCUUGUGGAAACCAAAGAAGAAACUGUGCUACCUCCCGAGCACAGAAGGUCCAACUGAAAAAGGGGACGGGACGCUGACACUGUUAGACGUUGAUCGGAUGUUUGAUGACUUGGAUUCUCCCUCACAUGACCUGUUACCCUCGCCUCCUGUGUGCGACACCUUUGAUGUUGAGACAAACCGGCGUGAGACAUCCUUUUCAAAAGCACAUAUGCCUAUGAGAACAUCCAGCCCCAUCGAAAAUAAUACGCCUGUGAAAGAGCUGGACAUUGCGAAAGACCAAGCUGUGUCUCCAAUUCUGUUCGCCUGUGACGAUGACAGAGCAGAAGAGGCACGGAGAGCGCCUCCACCUCACCAGAAACCCCAGUGCAAUGGAGACGCCACAGAGGAGAGUGAAGACUUUGUGUUUGGGUGUCCUCCAAGCAAGGUGGUUAUACCCAAACCUAAGAAGUCCAUUCAGAAAAACAAGGUGGAGGGAGCAUGCAAAGAGAGUCAAACGAUCCAAAUAAACCCACCGCAGGAACCUCAAACACCUGUUGUCGAGGUCAAAAGGAAAACUCCCAGGAAAGAAAUCGUAGCCCCACCAGCAGCAGCAGAGAGCCGAGAGUCUGAACUCGCAUCUCCAGAGAAAACAAUAGAAAAUGUUGCCAAGCAGCCGCCAGGGAAGUCCAUCCGUUCGGAAAGAGAGUUAGAGGCUUUCCUUAAGAGGCUCAGAGACACCGCACAGUCCAAACCUGCAUGUCUGAGGAAGUCCCCCGUGAAAUCACCAUGUCCUCCUUCUGAACCAGAGGAUGAAUUCCUCAUUCUGGAGGACGAAGUUCCUAUUUGGAUUUCCAUCCCAACUAAAUCAGCAUCCAACAAGAAACGACUGAAGAAGGAACCGUCUAACGAAAGCGAGAAGGAAGAGGAGCAGCGGAAAACAAGCAAGGAAACACGGGAAGAAGAGGCCGCUGGGAAGAUAGAUAAGAAAGCUCUAAACUCAAAGACGUCAAAGACUUUAAAAGAUGCAAAGACGAGCAGAGCUAAGCCGCUAAAGAGGGACAAAAAAGUGCUGCAGGGAUCUAAUGGAGAAGCGGACGAGGCUACAAGGAAAAAAGGUCCGAGCAGUGAGGAGGUAGAGGCUGCAGACCUGGGCUCUCUUUCAGAUGAAAAAAUCAUGCCUCCAGAAACACAAACUGAAGAGGAUUCAGCAGAUGCUAAAACAGAUGAAAACAACAAACCACCUGUGGUGUCCAAAGGCAGUUCAUCUGACGACAGUCUGGUUCUGGGGAAGAGGAAGAGUAGGCAGCCUGGAGAGUGGUGGAUGGAACAUCGGAGCCCAGAGAGAACAGCAGUUAAAUCCAACCAGCCGACAGUGAAGAGGGCAAAACAGAAAAACAAACAGCCAAGCGCAGCAGCUGUUGCUUCACCUGUCAGGGCUGAGACGGACAAAGAUACAGAUUAUCAGCCGACUAUUAAGAAGUACAAGAAGCCCGACCAGGAGCCCUGUGGAGCAGCAGCUUCACCUGCAAAGGGUAAGAAGGACAAAGUGGUUAAGAAAAGAAAUCAGACACGGCCGGCACCAUCGUCCAGUCACAAGACAAAUAAAGCUAAAGAAAAGAAACAGAACAAAAAGACAGGAGGACAAACAUGGGGUGAAGAGAUGCAUACGGCUGAAGCAGAUCAUUCUGAGGAGCAGCAGGAGGAAGGGGAGGAUCAACAGUCCAGCCCGUUGGUGUUCUCCCACAGAGACCUCAGCAACAACUCAGGGGAUAAGCUCUUUCAAAAAAUAUUCCAACCUGUCUCCAGUGAGAAAAAAGCAUCCACCACCCCAGCGCCGGCCUCCCCCCGAGGGAAGGAGCCUCUAUCAGCAGGCAGGCGGAGCAGGAGGUGCCCCGGGAGCUGGUGGAUGGUGAACGACAAGUGUGAGAACGUGGAGAGCGUCUCCUCUCGGCCUCAGCAGCAGGAAGUCAAACCUCAGAAAGAAAGGAAGAAGCGCAUCAGAACUCCUCCAACUCCUAAAAAUGGCAACACGGCGGCCCUUUCAGAAACACCCGCGCGCUCCGCUGCGCCGCUCCUGGAACCAAAGGCGCUUUCCUCUCAAAAGAAGGUGAAGGCGUCUCUGGCCGCCUUUAAAGACAUUUUCUCUUCACCACCAAGACCUCGACUGUGGGCAGAGUUCAGAAGAAGAGACAGAAAGCCCCGGAGCGUCCUGUGGAGGAAAUCCCCACUGCUGAGUGUACCGUGUUCAGUAGUUCUGAUGAAGCUGUGGAGACUGCUAAAUCCAUACACAAUAGCCCCCCCCAGCUUGAGGUGCCAGGGUCGUAUUCAGAGAACCAGUGUAAUUUCUUGAGUAGUGGGCCGGCUUCCAUGAUCGAGCUGGAGCAGUAUGAGGAGGACGACAGCUUGAUUUUGCCGACUUCCAGAGUGCAGGGGGUUCUCUCUAUGUCGGAUCUGUACGCUCCUCCUCUCAAACCGCUGACCCUGGAGCCCAAAGAUAAAGCCAACCUGGCCGAGUGGUUCACGAGCCUCUGGGCUCUGCCUCUCCAAGAGAAAACUGAGGUCCUUCCGGAUCAUUUCGAAUGGUACUCGUAUCAGGGCCGAGCGAUCGGCUUCAUGAUAGGUAUCGAGUGGGGCUCCUACUGUAACGGGAAGAUGCUGCUGGGCUCCUUCAUGAAGAAACCUCUGUGGGUGGACCACAGCGCCGCCACUGUCAGUACAUUUGUCUUCUGCAUUUAACGCCCGGGGAGCAAUGGGGAGGGGGGAUUGGAGGUGUCAGGUGCCUUGCUCAGCAGGGCCCAGGAGGUGAACUGGGACCUCUCCAAGUAGCAGUACCACUUUCUAUAUUUCAAGGAUUUCGGGGAACCGGCGACCCUACGAUUCCCAGUCCAAGCCCCGACUGACUGAGCCACUGCUGGACACUGUUCACUGUACUCUUGUGCAAGGAUUUAAUUAAGUCUCUCUUUUUUUUAAAGGUUUUUAACUUAUUAACCGGCUCUGUGAUUGUGACCGUCAACGGCAGGGAAUGCAGCUUCAACCCUGGAAAAACCUUCACGGUGCCAUGUGGAAGUGCUUACAGCCUCCAGAACGUCUACGCUCAGCCGGCCAUCCUCUACUUAAACCGUAUUCGCGUAACCGAGUAAUCGCAGAAAGCUCCGAUUGAAUUUAAAAAAAGAAAGGACCAAACACAUUGACUAUUCACAACUGUUAAUAAAAAUACAAAUUGUAGUUUUUCAUUUUAUGUAAAGGAUGUUUUUAUUUCUUUGCUCGAGUUUUAUUUCCUCUUCUACUAUAAAUGUGUUGCCUUCCAUCCUCUGAGGGGCAGUGUGCACCAAGAGCAACCAGAGCUGUUCCCUUUUUAUAAUACAAACACAUUUCAAGUGGUGGAAAAUGUAUUCUGAUUAAUAAAUAUAGUUGAGUACCAGUUCAGUACUAAACGAACUCCAAUUCAAUCAAAGGUUAAAGUGGUUUGUCCUUCACUUUUUAUACAGGAAAGGCAACGAUGUGUUGUUGGUGUACAGGCUGAAUGAAAGGCAGGUUUCCCUGUAAAUAAAACCAUUUCUCCUCCUGAA